AACCAGGUGCCCGUAGACGCGACUACCGAAUGUCUGGCUGCCAUGGCGCAUAUUUGCCGCGGCCUUCUUGCCAAACCGGAGCUGCGUUCGCGCGUAACUCGAGAAGACACUUUGAUGCUGUGUCUGCGUGUCAUGACUGGUGUCAUCAUUCUUUACGACCACAUUGACCCAAACGGCGUUUUUCGGAAGGCAUCGAAAAUGGAUGUCAAAAGCUGCAUUCGACUUCUGCGAGAUCAGAAUCCUGAAACUGUCGAGUGUCUUCUCAAUGCUAUUCGGUAA